AGUCGAAAGAAGGGGGCAGGACUUUGAGCUGCCCUUAAUCGCUUUUCCCUUUGCCAAACAUCCCAGCGGUAAGAGCAACGCUGGGCAGAGCGCGAGAGGAGAAAAAGCUGGCUUGCAAUAGCCCCCAGCCCCUCUGCCUGUGCCCUGAGGAAGUGCUAGAGUGCUGGAAGGGCCGUGCAGGGAGGAUUGGCAGCGCUGAUCUGAGUUCUCUCCCCCUGUCCCUGCAAGCUCAGCCUCCUCCUUCUUGAUCCCAGCUAAACCUGGGCUUUAUUCCGACCAGGCCUGGCACUGGGCCACUACACUUCUCGCAAGUCCCUGUGCCAAGGGGGCUUCUCUUUUUUUCUCAAUGAGAGAUCCUUGAGCGUCGAGCACGUCGGGGGGAUCGGCUGAGUUCCAGAAGGAUCAAGGGUUCUGCGUGAGCUCAGAAGCUCUGGCCCCACAGACGGACACGAUGAGCACGCAGCAGCUCAGCUGGAUGAGAUGCCUGCCAGCUGCCCUGUGGCUGUGCUGCCUGCUGCCUGAGGGGAGUUGCACCUGGAGCCUGGCAGGACUCCAGUACGCCAACCGAAGGAACUGGUGCUCGUACAUAGUCACAAGGACAGUUUCCUGCCAUGUCCAGAAUGGCACCUUCCUGCAGAGGGUGUUCCAAGGCUGCCGCUGGCCUGGGGGCUGCAACGGAGGCAGCUACAGAGCCAUCGUGAGACCAGCGUACAAGGUGGCCUACAAGACGGUCACAGCUCUGGAGUGGAAGUGCUGCCCAGGCCACUCGGGGGUCAGCUGCGAAGAAGAGACCAUCAGCUACGUUGCCCCACAGGAAGCCGGCCGUCCCAGUGCCCCGCUGCGCAGGCUCCCCCUCCGACCAGCAUCCUACUCAGGGUGUUUGAAUUGCAGCAAAGUGGUGGAACUGACGACGCGUCUCAACAGCCUGGAAGCCCAGGUGGCAUUGCUGUCAGCAGCCGAGUCUGCAACCUCCUCAGUACCCAACAGACACCUCGUAACCAAGGGGGCUGCCCCCUCAGAUUCCUACCAGCUCUGGAGGUCUCCAUCCACCCAUGGGAGUCCUGGGGAUGAAGGUGUGAAAGGGAACACAGGAGUGGGAGAGACGCUGCAGGGUGCCGGUCCCGGACGGGAUGGGAAACCGGGGCCCCAAGGACCCCCAGGCCCGUCGGGUCCCAAGGGAGAUGCUGGGAGCCAGGGGCCAUCAGGAAUCCCUGGAGCCAAGGGUCCCGCUGGACCACCAGGCCCCCCAGGUCCGCCAGGGCGGGAUGGUGCAAGGGGCAUCCCUGGAGAGAAGGGAUUUCCGGGCCUUCCAGGGCCCCCGGGACCCCCAGGGCCCCCUGCCCCAGUGGGGCCUACAAUAUCCCGCAUCGCUGACCCAAGGGACCCGCUUCUGUCAAACACCUUCACCGAAUCUGGCAGCGUUGGCACCAUGGGGCCUGCGGGACCCCCAGGGCCUUCAGGGCCAAUGGGUCCUCUGGGCCCCCCGGGGCCAGUCGGGCUGCCAGGCCCUCCGGGGCACGAUGGUUUACCCGGAGCGCCAGGUGCUGACGGAGCCACUGGACCCCCGGGGGAGAAAGGAGACAGAGGGCAGCCGGGUCCAAAAGGCGAACAGGGGGAGAAGGGCACCUGGGCCAUUAGCUUACAAUCCUUCCUACAGCAGCAGGCCCAGCUGGAGCUCCUGGCUAGAAGGGUCACCUUGCUGGAAGCCAUCAUCUGGCCAGAGCCAGAGCCGGGUUCAGGUGCCGAACCCUUCCCCACUAGCGCCCCCAGCUUCCACCGGGGCAAGCGCGACAGGCUGGCAGGCUACAGAAUCAGCCCACACCAGCUGGCCCAGAAGGCAAAGGACGAGAGCAAGUGAAGAAGGGGCAGCCCACCCCGAGCGGGGGGCAUCUCCCCAAGCAUGAAGGCCCCCUUGGGUAUGCCCCCGCCCCCUCCCCACAUCGUUCUGGACUGUGGCAUGAAGAAACGCUCGAGGAGCCUGCCCAGGCCGUGGCGCUGGCCGGCGUGAUGUCGUAUUUAUUUGUGCUCUCAUUCUAAAGAGGCCUGUACCCAGAGCUAUGUGUGUACUAACUGACCCCCUGCUGGCUCCAGGACACCCCCCUCCCCGUGCUCCCCUCAUUGUACUGCAGGGGGCACUCGUAAUCUCUUGGUGCUAUUGUGUGGGAUGUCUUCUAGAUGACCUUGGCCUGUAGCUCCCGGCCUGGCAGGGAUGGCACAGGGGGCUCCGUUCCCCCUCCUGCCCCCAAACUGCAGAGGGUUUAUCCUGGGCACAUACCAGGAAUUCAGUCUUUGGCUCCCGCACUGAGGGGGUGCAGGGGAUGCUACCUUGGCCUUUCCUAGUCCCCAGGGACUGGCUCAGCCCCAUGGAGCCAAGUUCUUGCCUUUUCACUUGUGAAUCCAGCCCCCGAGCAGGGGCAGCUGGCACCUGUAGCGCUGCCCAGCACUAUGCUCUCCACCAGUCCGUUACCUCGUUAUGGGUUUGGGCCCCGGCAGCCCCUGAGCAGCUCUGCCCGUACCACUGGACACUAGCACUAAGGUGGGGCGGCUCCAGCUGAACACUGAAAACCAGGCUGAGCCUGGGUGCAGCAUACACCUGCUCGAACCCUGCCGGGCUGGGCUCUGGCUGCCUGCUCUUGGCCGCCCUGCUUGUCUCUGAUUGUCCAGACCUCUCUCAGGCCCAGGGGCUUCCACCAUCCAGCCCAUUCUUCCCCCAAACCAUGUGGAGAGCAGCCCAUGACCCAACAGCCAGGCCCCCACACCGGCUGCUGUGCUGGGAAGGUGUCUGCACACAGAUGGGGAUGAUGCUAGAACCCACUGUGGCAGGGGCACCCUGCAGCUCAGGCAGUCUUGCUCCCAUGUGCUGGCUUCUUCCACCCCAAAGGCUUUACCUGGACCAACAGUUCUUCUGGGGCAGGCUCCAGCUGAGUCUCAGGCAGGUCCCCUUCCAGCAUCCCCAGCCCCACCCUGGGCACCUUCCCCCAGGAAGGAGGGAUCUUCCACCUGGAGGCCAAAGUGUCAUCAAGGGCAGUCGCCAUGGGCAUGGCUGAACGCAGGCAGAGGCCAGGCCUCAGCUCCCUGCUCCAUCUCCUUGAUCAGCAUUCCCUCAGCUAACCAUGGCUGGGGAGGGCUCCAAGGGAGACAUAACCAAAACCUACCUAGCAGCAGCACAGCCUUGCCCCACCUCCGACCAUCCUUCCCUGUGGGCCCUGAGACCCACUAACAACUGGGAGAGCUGCUGUAAAAUAGGGAGAAAGGCCAGGAGCAGGGAAGUCUGGGGCCAUUAGGACGGAGGCCUGUCUGAAACCAGCAACCAGUGCAAUCCUGCCACCAACUGCACAAACGGCUGGGGAGGGAACCUGCCUUUGUAUUGUGUAUGCUCAUGAUCCCGGCCAAGCGGGGGACAAAUGGUCUAAAGGUCA